AAAAAUAAUAAUUAGCAGCAGAAGAGAAGAAAUAGCAGCAGCAAAAAAAUUGCUGCAAUUAUUUUAAAAUAAUUUGUUUAAAUAACGUCAAGUGUGUGGUGCUGUGGGGGUGUAAGGGAUGAAGGCCGGGAGGAUAAUUCAGGUGGCGAUCUGAGAUCAGAAAUGUUGAAAUUCGGCAGCAAGAACGACGUUACGGUGGUACAUCGUGCCACUAUUCGACUGCUUGACGACGCUGAAAUUAUCCACUGUGACUUUCAGCCCCAGCACAAAGGAAGAUAUAUCCUUGAGUAUGUAUGCAAACAACUCAACAUCAUUGAGACUGAUUACUUUGGACUUCGUUACGUCGAUCAUUGCAGACAACGACAUUGGCUGGACCUAGCGAAAUCGGUAGUCAAACAAGUUAAAGAUAUGGAGCCAAUCCUGUUCAGCUUCCGCGUGAAAUUCUACCCGCCAGAUCCCCUGAGGCUGAAGGAUGAGAUUACCAGAUAUCAAAUUUAUCAACAGCUCAAGAGGGACCUGCUGCAUGGACGACUCUACUGUAGUCCAGGGGAGGCAUCGCUGCUGGCAGCUUGCAUUCUCCACAACGAGCUUGGCGAGUACGAUCCGGAGAUCCACGUGGGCAAUUACAUUUCCGAGCACAAGCUUCUGCUCAAACAGACUGAGACCAUUGAAGAAAAAGCAAUGGAACUACAUCAGACACAACUCAAGGGUUUUACGGCUGAACAGGCAGAGAUACAUUUUCUCAGGCUAGCGUCUCAACUUGACACCUAUGCGGUUGAUCCCCAUCCUGUCAAGGAUCAUAAAGGAACCCAACUGUACUUAGGGAUAAAUCAUCACGGAAUCCUCACAUUUCAAGGAUCACGUCAGACGAAUCAUUUCCGCUGGUCUGAAGUACAGAAAAUAAAUUACGAAGGGAAAAUGUUUAUUGUCCAUUUGACCAUCACCGAGGACUUGAGAACGAAGAAAAAGCAUACCGUUGGCUUCAAGUGCCCGACUGGAUCAAAUUGCCGGCAUGUAUGGAGAUGCGCCAUUGAACAGAUGUUGUUUUUCACGUUGCCCAGAGCCUCGGACGCACCAGUUGUAAGCGGUGGAUCUAUAUUCUCGUGGGGCACCAAGUUUAAGUACACCGGGAGAACGGAGAGGGAAGUGUUGGAGGAAACGGCUGCGGCAUCUGCGAGUUCCGGAGAGGCUUCAUCGCUGCGUGGUAAAGGCGACGGACCAGUUCAACGUUGUCAGAGUGCUGGACUCCGCAGAAAAGCAAGUAGUGUACCAGCUACUCCAAGCACUCCUAGUCAAGAUCUUAUUGAAAUUCGAUAUUCAAGUUUGCCAAGAAGCUGUCAUAGCGCGGGUUUAGACGGCGCUGGUAUGGCUGAGGCAGGAGCUAAUGCCUCGGGUGUUCCCCUUAGUUCUCCCUAUUGCCCUGACAAUACACUACCACUAUUGGAGACUGUAUCAGAGGACCAAGAAAUAUAUGCCAAGAGAAAUAACGCGGUAGACGAAAAUGAAUCGCAUGCGAGUGCCCACACCACCACAUCCAUCACAAAUCAAGUGAAAAAAAUGAAAUUUUCAAAUAAAAACACAUUUGGCCGUCCGCCGGCGUUGUACAGUCAAAAAAUAGUCAUAGGCUCUGAAGAACUUGUGGGAAAGAAUAUUGAUAAUGUGGUGAGACAAAAAAUAAAUUCGCUGGAGAAAAGCCCAAAAAUUAUAAGAUCUACGGCACUUAUUAUUAAAACCUCCAGAACGCCCAUAAAAGCGUCAUCGUCGCUAUCAACGCUAUCAUUCAAGAUAAAUCCAGGUAUCAAUAAUACCGGAAUAAAAACUUCAAAUACUUAUUCAAGAUUAAUUGGUACAACACCGAAGCAUAUGAAUGGAUUUAAUAGCUCAGAAUCUCGGAAUAGCUUAGAAGAUAUUAGAACUAUUGAAAGACAGGUAAGCCCGUCGUCAUCCGUCACCAAGACUACGCCGAAGAAUGACAAUCUAGAGACCACUAAUACUGUAGUAACCGCAAAUACCUCUUCAGCGACACAAAAGAGUACUGUUAAUGGCAGUAUAAUUUCCGCGAGAAGUAGAAAUGGACCGAUGGCACUUGCCAUGGCAAUUGCUGCAGCGGCUGUAGCAGCCACUACAUCAAAUACUUCAACAUGUGGCGGUGGAAACACCAGUAAAGAUUUACCUUUGGACGUCAAAAGUAGACAUGAACCAGUAGGAGGACAAGUGGGCGAUGCCGAUACAAACGACUACUUCUUUCGAGACUCUUUCGAUCACUCGUCGUCAGAAAGUCAGUUGGUGGACGGACUUGGAAAAACCCAAAGUAGAUCUGUUACACCAGUACCAAAAAUGCAAAAGUUACAAAACAGCAAACUUUGUUUGCAACCAGUUGGUUCAGCAACCAAAUCAAUUAUUGUUGGUGGUGGUAGCAGUAGAUCACGUGCGUUACGCAGUGUGCGAUGCAUACGUCUAUUUGUAUCGGCAUUUAUUCUUACAGUAACAAUGUUGUUUAUUGUUGUUGUUAUUGUUUUUGAAACUGACUCAGCAGUGUUUGAGAGCAUUCGCAAGACACCUGAAAUGAUUUCAUUCAAAAGUCACUACUACGUACCCAUCAGGGAGUUUCUUAGGACCAAACUCGGCCUAUUUUGAUCAGGCAGUCGGCCGAAUAAAAUAAUUUUCUUAAUUGCUCAGUCAGUCUUUUUUUCUAAAUGAUAAAUGAUAAUAAUAAAAAAAAAUAUUAUAAUUAAUUAUAAUUAUAAAUAUGGACAGUGCCAAGUCAAAAAUAGCCAAGUCAUCACAUUAUUAAAACGUCAUUAACUUCCAUUAACUAUUUUGGAAAUUAUUGUACUUUAUUUUCUAUUUGCUACUACAAAGUUCAUUGUACGGUAAUGUGACGUCGGAUUAUUAAAAAGACAUGGCCUAUCGAACACAGGUAGAUUUUUUAUAGAUGAAAAUAAAAUUUGUGUGAAAAUACUUCCUAAAAAAAUAUAAAAUAACAAAAAAAUAAAAAUAAAUUUGAAAGAAACAAGCGUAUUUAGACAGAGUAAAAUAUUUUAUCAUUGAAUAAAAACAAAACUAAGAUUGUAUCUGUACAACUGUAGAUCUUUAAUGUGUAAUAAUAUAGAUUGUAGAAAGAUGUUUAUUAUGAUUGAUGGUAAAUAUCUUCAACAAUUCAUCACUCGGAUUGGUGUAAUUGAAAAAAAUGCGAAAAAUUGUGACGUAGGAAAGUUAAACAAAACUAAAAUGAGUUCGUUGACAUCGCUUCAUCUCAUAAAUCAUAUUUAUUAUAAAUAUAUAUAUAUAUAAAAAUAUAAUAUUUUGUUCUUUUUACUGUUCUAAUUGCAUUCCACAUUUUGAUUAACAAUAAUGAUAAUAAUUAUUAUUACAACAAAUGACUGAUUGUGAGUCAUAUAAAUAUUAUUGUAUUUCCUAAAAGUGCCUACGCAAUUCUAGAAUCCUUAUUCGCGCAUGCUGCGUGUUUCUGGCUGAGAUUUAAAGAAAUUUAUAAUAUAUGUCAUUAAUUAUAUCCCAUAGUCAAUUUAAAUGAUCGCAAAAUUUUCCAAGAGCUAAACCAAAAAAAAAAAAAAAAAUAGUAAAAAUAAUUAAUUAUAAAAUCUGCCGGUUUUUUUCCUGUACGUGAUAAAUGCGUAGGAACAUUCAUAUGUAUAUUAAAAUCAUAUAUGUAAUAAAUAACAUACGUAGGUUUCAAUAAAUGCUUCUACUGUAAACUAAAUCUGAGUGAUAAUGAGGCACUUUGUUUACUUAAUAAAUAAAUAAAUAAAUGAAUAAUUAAAUAGAUAAGUUAAUAAAAUUGUGUAUAAUAAAACGGAUGUCAAUUGUAAUAAAUCCGAUAAGAAUAGGUAAUUUAAAUAUUUGAAAAUAAUUGUGGAGUAUUUGAAUACUAUAAAUAAAUUUAAAAAUAUAUUAAUAAUAAUUGAAUUUUGUCAAAAGUGAUCUGCAAUCACAGAAAAAUUAAUCUUUUGAUUAUUACAGUCAAUUUAAUUUGUUAUUUAAUUUAUUGUAAAUUGUAUUAUAAAUUGUCGAGAGUUUUAAUAAGAUUAUUUCAAAAGAAAAAAAUUAUAUUGCUUAUUAGAUAACGGAGUCAUGGCAAUUGUAAAAAAUGAAAAAUAGUUCGAAUCAUCUAAUUACUCCUUUUUCUCUUAUUCGCGUGAAUAAGAAGGCAAAAAGACACGAAAUAAAGUAAAAAAUAAUAGAAAUAAUGAAUUGUACUGAAAUAUGUGGUAGAAAAAAAAAAUACGCGAGUCUUUAGUAACGAAAAGAGGCAUUUAAUUAUUCUAUAGAAGAUUAUAAAAAGUAAUAUAGUUUUAGUAAAAUGCUUUUUAGCUGACAUAUCAUAGUUAUUUAAAACUACAGUUGUCAUUUAUAUUUGUUUUAAUUUUAUCAAUUUUAUUAAACUUUUUGUUUCGUUAUUUUCAUUAUUCAUUAUUUGAUACGGUGCUGUACGAAAAUUAUUGAAUAGUACAUUUAAUUAAAAAAUUAAUUGAAGGCCAUGACUUAUACAUAUUGCGACAAUUAAACUUGAUACACGAAAACAAUCAUUGUUAACUGCUCGCUAAGCUGUUUUCUUUUUUUUUUUAUUAAGUAUCAAAUU